UCUUGUUUUUGAUAUAACGGCGGGGUGGGGGGUUCGGAAGUGGCCAGGCUCCUCAUAAACCGGCUUCGAGACAACCGCUGGUUAAAACAGUACUGACGCGAAUCCAGCUUUGCGGAAAUGGUCGGAUGGGGUUUCCUUAGUUACCGCUAGUAAACAUUAACGUUACCGCCGAACAGUCAUGGCCGAGUUGUUUGGAGCUAACAGGACCUGGGAGCAGUUAUGCAAUGGGAAAUGUUCAGUCUCUAAGGAGCGGCAUCUCACUUCUACCACCCCUACUCCUUCUCCAGAUAUUCAACAGUUAAAGUAUGGCCCCAGCAUUCAGUAUCUGGAAAGAACUGUGUUUCCUGUGCUGUUGCCUGGAUUAGAAGCUAUGUUGAGAGAAGCUCUGAAACACCGCUGUGUGAAGAAGGAAAUAAAUGCAUUUAAUGGCUGUGACUUUCUGACUGGAUGGCUUUACAACAAGAAUAAGAAGAGGACUAGUGAGACUCCUCUGGAUUUCCAUAAGAUUCCCUUUGUACAGGAAUGGCUGAGCACACAUCCAAGGUCAAUUGUCCCAGUCUCUCUUCUACUGACAGAUGAGCAGGCUGCGCUUGUGAUUCAGACGUUCUGGAGAGGCUACAAGAUUCGUGUGCGUCCAGAUGUGCAGGAGUUGAGACAAUGGCAAAAAGAGCUCCGAGAAGAAAAUUGUGACAUCGCUAAAACAGUGCAGGAGUUCUGGGCACACCAGGAGAGCAGAGUUGGGUCGGAGUUGACCAACAUUGUUGAUGACUCUGACCAGCUUGGUCAGUCUGGUGUCUUGAUCCAGGUUGUGUCUCCAACCCCUUACAACACACCUGCACCACACAGCUCUCUGGAGGGUACUGUCACCCCUAGUCUGCUCAUCAUGGAGUCACAACGUGCCAUAUCACACAAACAACCUCUUCCCAACACAACCGACCUGUUACAAUGAUGAAUGCAGCAUUAACAGUUUGCAUUAUGAGUCAGGGAGGAGUUUAGUACUUUCUCUCAUGAUAAUCCUUGCCACAUUUGGUUAUAUAAUGGCUUUUAUGCCAUUAUAUAUGUUUUAAGUAUACAAAGAUGCUCUAAAAAUACUAAUGUGCACUAAUGUGCACUAAAGUCUCACACACAGUUUAGUUUCAUUCAUUUCGUUUCUGGAAUAACACUGUAUGCUGUGCUUGUAAUAUAUUACCAAGAUGAUACAAGAUAAUCUGUUUAUAGUUUGUAGAUUUACACCUGCAUUCUAAACAGGAAACAGGGACAAUGAAAAUGAUAUCCCACAUGCUUCCAUGUCCUGUACAACAGGAUGCCAUAUCGAAAGAAAGGGAAACACAGAAAAUUCUGCCAUGCGAGAAGAGCAGAUGGUGUACCUUAUCUCACCCACUAAAUAACUGACUUAAUACAGUACAGCAAAAUUGCAUGAAAAGUACUAUAAUAUUCAAAACCAUAAUAAAAUCUGUUAGUUUGCCCAUUGGCUUCAUAGUCGUCAUUUGACCAUUGAGAUAUGGUCUUUUGUGUUUAAAGAUCUGAUCAGCAACUAUUUUUAUCCACUGUAUUACUCUGUACCGUAAAUAAUAGUUAAUUAUCCAACUACGAAUUGGGAUUAAGGAGGAAAAAUUUUUUUUCUUAAUCUGGUACAUUUCCUAUAAUUACCACAACUUAUCAGAUAUUUGAAAGACAGCAAAUUGAAAGAUGUAUUUGGACCAGUCCUCUCAUAAAUUCCUUGCAUGUUGAUUAAAAUUCUGAGCCUAGCUAAUGUAAAAAGUGUCAUUGUCAAUGUGUGCCUCAGUUCGAAGGGAUAAAAAAGUAAUACAAUUAAAUUGAAUAAAUUGAUAUAUAAAUCCUGUGGCCAAGACAUGUUUUGUUUUAUAGGACAAAGAAAUGUGCAGUAUAAAAUCUCUGGGCUGUGCUACAUACUAAGCUUAGGCUAAGCCCUUUAUGAGGAGAUGUUUGCUCAUGAAUUAUAACAGCAUCAGUAGUAAAUGAAAUUAUUUUAUGACAACACCUUAUCUUUUUGGUGAGGAAUGCUUUCUUGUGCUCCAAAAAUUCUACAAACUCCAAUUAAUAACUGCAAAGAUAACACUUUAUUCAAUUAUUGUCUGGACUCUUUCACAGAAACAGUGAACUUUUUUUAAUUGGGGAAACAAGUUGUACAUAAAGGCAUGCUGUGUCACAGCUAUGAUGAACUGGCACUGUCCCUAAUUGUCUGAAGAUAAGACAAUUAAGGAGUGGGUCAUAUAGA